AUGGACAAACAGAAGCCAGCAAAGAAAAGUGCGACGACGAGUUCUCGUAAUAAGACUCAAAGGAAAGCAAAAGUCAAACCAUGUGCUGUGAUGAGUAAUGUCAGUUCGAAGAAGUCGUCAAAUACUCCGAAUCGAAAAGCGGCACUAAAGAGUGCUCCGCCAGUAUCUCCGAGAGAAGAGAAGAAAGAUGGUCCACCGACGGUUCGAGAGAAGAAAAAAGAAGAGAAAAAGGAGAAAGUGACACCUAUAAAGAAGAAACCAGAACCCGAAAAGCCAGAGAAGAAGUUAGAUCGGACCCAAGAUGAUGAUAAAGAAACGGAAAGUGGAUUGAGUUCGGUGGUGAACGAAGUAAAUGUUCCUGUGAAAAUGGACGAUGGAUACGAAGACUUUGGACCAGGAGCCAAUAAUCAGUAG